GCUGGCGUCAUCACACAGCUCCAGGAAGACGCGCGUCACACACGCCCCACAGCUCAUGGUUGCACUGCCCUGGUUUGCACGACCGCUCUCCCGAACAUAGUUUAUACAGUUCCUCCCGGUUUGGUUUGUUGCACGCAGCGUUGCGCACGUCUGCAUGUGCGCCCGGGGAAAUAGUGUGUUGCGUUGACGGUCUCUCUUAUGCAAAACAGUCAGUCAUCAGACACCAUGUCGGACGCUUCUUCCACUUCGUCCACAGAUAACCACGGAGACGCGGGACUAAACGGUUCCUGGGUGGAGCUGGAGAUGAACAGGGGGUUGACCAGCCUCAGACAGUCGUCCCCCGAGGGGCCCCAGGCCUCAGGGCCCCUCCUGCCCCUCCUGCCUCAGGUGGAGGAAGAGGAGGCCAUGGUGGGGGGCCUGGAGCACGUGCCCUCCUCCUCCUCCAUCCACAACGGAGACAUGGAGAAGAUCCUGCUGGACGCGCAGCACGAGUCCAGCCGCAGUAACUCCUCCUGUGAUAGCCCCCCCAGGCCACACACCCCUCAGGACGAAGGCCAGAUCAUCUUCGAUGUGGACGUUACCAGCCACAGAGGCAGCCAAUCAGAAGAAGAGGUGGUGGAUAAGGAGAGAGACAUGGACAUCCUGAUGAAGGACACAGACUGGGUCGCUGAUUGGUCGAGUCGACCAGAAAACAUUCCUCCAAAGUAAGAUUGUCACCCACGGCGAGCAGGAACGCUCAGCAUGAGGAAUACCGGGGCGAUGAAGAAGGGAGGCCUUUUCUCUUCUGAGUUCCUCAAAGUGUUCAUCCCUUCUCUGCUAAUAUCUCACAUCCUGGCACUCGGAUUGGGGGUGUACAUUGGGAAGCGGCUCACCACAACGGCCACCAGCUCCUUCUAGGACCACCUGAUCUGGAGGGGGGGGGGGGGGCUCUGUGGAGGAGGACGAGGUCAUGACCUCUCCCUCUCCCCUUCCUCCUAGCUCUCUUCCUUGACUCUCUCUCUCUCUCUCUCUCUCUCUCUCUCUCUCUCUCUCUCUCUCUCUCUCUCUCUCUCUCUCUCUCUCUCUCUCUCUCUCUCUCUCUCUCUCUCUCUCUCUCUCUCUCUCUCUCUCUCUCUCUCUCUCUCUCUCUCUCUCUCUCUCUCUCUCCUUGUGUAGAUACCCUUCCCAUCUCAACCCCUCACUCGCCCAUUUUGUAUACGGUUUUCAUGGAAUGACGAUUACCGAGGUCAUACUUUUCUCUCUCUUUCUUGUGUCGUUUGUUUUCAUGGGCACGAUAUUACAACAACUAAAACCUAGUUCUACUUCUACUCCUCCUCUUCUUUUACUUUUUUCUUUCUACUGUUGUUAAUACACGUGUUGAUGAGCUGUAGAUGGAGCACGGGAGAGUCAACCAUUAAAGGGAAUCAGAGGGAGAAGCAAGAGGAUUUAGGACUUGUGCCAACACUCAAUCAAACCAAGCAAUCGGACAGGAGAAUGACAGAGAGCCUACUUUUGAAGGCGGCCAUUUUGUUUAGCGAUUACGCGGUCGCUUUCAGAGGUUAUCGUUAUUAUCGGCUUUGUAUCUAUUAUUUUUUUCCACAGCCUUGUGGAACCCAAGCUAUUGAGAUUUUAAGUUAUAGCAGCCACAGUCCACCUAUAGCUUUGCCUUGCACUGGAGAUUUUAUUUAAAUUAAUUUAUCCUGCCGGAAAACAUUCUGUAUUACUGUACUGCACCACUAUGAAGAGUAUUCCGUUCAAUCUCCGAAUGAGGGUCCCCGUUACAAAUAACGGUCAUUUAGAGCUGUAUUUUGAGGAGGUUGUGUUCCCUCUUGGUGUGAAACCGUACAAUGUGUUUUGUUGGGGUGCCAAUAUUGCGAUGUCCACAAACCUUUCUGUUCUUCGGCAGUUCUUGUGAGUUGAUGCUGAUGCCAUUCCCGUGAAACGAUGCUGUAGGUGUCUGUACCAUGUCCUAGUGAUUUCCCUUUUUUCUUGGUACAAACUGGGCUUUUCACCCACCCUCAUCCUUUACCUACCAUUAGCUUGUCUGCCCUCAAGUAAUACUUGUGAUUUUCUUUCCCCCUCUGAGGGAAUUUAAUUUAAUUGUACCUGUAUUCUACUAUACCUAAUAGUAUACUCAUGUUUUUCUCUUUUGGUUUUGCUUGGAAGUGAAAUGAUGAAGUUGAAAGUGUUUUCAAAACAUCAGAUUUUCUUAAAUUCUGAUGUUUGGAGUGAUUAUAUAAAAAAGUUAUAAUAUAAAAAAUACAUUUCACUAAAGGAAAUUAGUUAUAAAUAUUUAAUAUUUUUUAAAGCUGAUUCCAAUAACUUAUCUUAUAAAACCUAGACAUUUGGUCAUGAAAUAUUCAUAUCUUUUAAUAUUCUACCAAAAAUGAGCUGGAACAGGCAGAUAAAAGUUAUACUGUCCCGGCGGCAUUCUGAACGGAAAAAGGAUAGAAAGAUUUUUUUUUUUUUGUUCUACUCUUCUGAGGGUUUUUCAGCCAAAGGCAGUGGUCAUGUUGGCUGGACCUACCCCCUAACCCUGCCCCCCUACCCCAAUCUCUAACCCCUCAACCCCGCCUAGUCCGUAACCCUUAAUCCGUAACCCUCAUUCCCCAAACCCUAACUCCGAAACCACCCUUGAACCCUAAAUCCUAAUCUAUAGUCCUAAACCCCUAGUUCCUAGUCCCUAACCCCCAAGUACUUUACUCCUAACCCCUACCCCCUAACCUCCGACUCUAUUUCUUAUAUCGGGUACGUGACUAGCAUGGUAAGCCACGUACCUUUUUAAAGCAUGAUUUAAAACGGUUAAAGUAAAUGUAAUAACGAACAUGAUGCUCGGACAGACUUUCUUGCCGGAUCUUUUCAGAAGGGAUGGUUGUGUAAACAGUGGCCUAUUUGAUCAAGCUUAGUGUAGCUUGUGUGACUUAAACUGAUAUUUUACUACAUCUUUUCUAUCAUCUGUUAUGACUGCUAUACUGGCCCCAGGUAAUAAUGGUAAUAAUAAACAAAGUCAUGGUCCUCCUACAAAGUUUGCCAGAAAAUAUAAACAGUAAAUGUCCAUAGUUUUUCAUAAGUUAUACACACUGUGUACACUUUAUUUGAACCAUCCAUUUGUUAUUUUUACCCCAGUCUAGCCAGUAGGAGGUUGCCAUCUGACCUGGAAGUGAUUUUGUUUUUUCCUUCAGUUUUUUAUGAAGCUGUAUUCAUUUCCUAAAUUAAGAUGAGCCUGGAAUCCAGGUGUAGGCUUCAGGAGCCUUCCAGAAACUUCCUGAGCUUUUCAGAGACUUUAUUUACAGUUAGGAAAGCCACAGAUAUUCUCCUCUCUCUUUGUCUCUCUGCCACCUUUUUGUGCCACAAAGCAGAUUGUUUGUGUGUGUUUUGGCCAUGGCAACAUUUGAGAAAAAAGUGUAUAGCAUUUUUGUUUACUCUAGUUUUUUUCGUGGUUGUUGAGGAAUAUUUCGGUUUGGUUUUAUUUUGUGUUGUUUUGUCGGUGAUGGACGAUGCAUGCAGAGCAAGCAGUGUGCUGUAAGUGGAAUGAUCCCAACGUUUGUUUGUACAAUCAAACCAAAAUAUGAGAUGUGAACAACCCGAUGUUGAGGAGGCCUCUUGCUUUAAAGAAAGGAAACGAAGCGUGUAGAAAAUGAUUUUCCACACCUCUACGGUAACGAUAGUUACCACAAUAAUGUGUAUUGCUUUAAUUUUCUCCCUUUUCAUUAACAAGUUGAUAAACAUUUUGUCAUUAAAGAUUAUCUGAAUCAA